AUGGGAGGUUCCGUGUCAGCCUGUGCUGUUGUAAAGAACGACAUGGUAGAGGACCCCUCUCCGUCUUCGUUUUCUCCUUCUUCUCCAACAAAAAAACGAAAGAGCAACCCAACAUUUCAAGACUCUAGGUCGCCUUCAAGGAAAGACAACAUCAAACAAGAAAAAGAUAAGUCUGCGUAUGCAGCUUCGGGCUCGUUAGAAGCCAAACGUCCAACUCCUCUCAAUCUAGAACACCCAAAUAAUCGAUCGAUUCAAGGUGAUGUCAAAUGCAAUGGUUCCUCAACAUCUUCAAAACCUUUUAUUUCUUCCAACAACAACAACAGCGUGAGAAACUCGCUAGAUUUCUCAGUAAUUUCAACCGCCUCCACGACCUCCACCACUGUAGAUAAUAUCCCAAAUGAUGACAUCACACCUCUGAUUUCCACCAAGAAUAGCAAUCAACAACAAGUGACAUAUUCAUCAUCAAGCGCUUCCCUAACGAGCACAGCUUCCAAUCAAGCCAGAAGUAGAAACAGGCCGCAUUAUCUCAGCAACUUGAGCAGUCCAGUGACAAAAACUCCAGUGUCUAACUUUGGAUCCCUAAAUGGAUCGCUUACUGUUCCUCAAAAAGAAACAAGGAACAAGAGUGAAAAUGCUAUUAACUUACGACCUUCUGAACUUAAAGUUGAGCCAGUCCCUCGAGGGAAGAGCGAUCAAAAUAUACCAACUGUUCCCCACUCCGUUAAAUCUCCUAGAACUAACAAGCUGUCAUCUCCUAGAAACAACAAGAUUACGUCUCCAGGAGAGAACGUUCUUGUCGACAAAAAAUUAUCUCACCCCACAACUACUUCGAAGCUCUCCAACGAUCCGAUGGUUGAGUUGCGGAAGCAACUAGAAGAUUCUGUUUUCAAAUUUAAUUCAAGACUUACCAAUAAUGACAAGCUACUCCUACCCAAUAACAUUAAGAGAAGACAUUCCUUGUUUGCUGGUACGCCCAACUCGCCGAGUCUGUUACAUGAAAUCAAACAAAACGAAAAAACAGAACCCACUUCGACACCUUCCAACUUUCUUUUUAACCCUAAUUUCACUUUUGGAGCAACACUUAACGCACCAGAAAAAGAGCGACGUCAUUCUGAGUUUUUAGGAAUGGAAAAACAAAAAUCGUUUGAACCUAUCACUCCUCCCCCUCAACCUACUUCCAUGCUCCAAGUGAAAACGGCUCCAAGACGAAGAAUGAGUAUUGCUGGAGCCACUCCAUCUCAUCAUGUUGAAAUGACAACAACAGCCCAACAUGGAAGAGAUGUUCACGGAAGGAAAACAAUCAACCAAUAUACAAUUAUCAAAAAGCUUGGAAAGGGAUCAUUUGGAUCUGUUAAACUUGGAAAGAGUGCAAAAAAUGGAGAGCUAGUUGCAAUUAAGGUUAUUAACAAAUCCUUAAUUAACAACAUCAAGCGAAAAUACAAGGCUCCUGGACAGCAGCAAAACAGUCAAAUUAACAAAAUCAAACAUGAAAUUGCAAUUUUGAAAAAGCUUGAUCACCCAAACAUUGUUCGUCUGUUAGAGGUCAUUGAUGAUCCUAUGAAUGACAAAAUAUGUUUGGUGUUUGAAUACAUAGAUGGAGGAGAGUUAAUGAAACUGAAUGAUGACGGAAUUUUAGAAUCUGGUCAAAAGCCAUUUUCUGAAGAUGAGGCUAGAUUCUAUUUUAGACAACUUUUAAACGGGCUGGAAUAUCUUCAUCACAACAGAGUUGUACAUAGAGACAUCAAGCCAUCAAAUAUUCUUCUCACAAAGUCUAGAGAGGUAAAACUGUCGGAUUUUGGAGUAAGCAAAUUGUUGGAGGACGAUGAAGAAGAUUCACUUGACGACUCGCAAGGCACUCCUGCGUUUUUGCCUCCUGAAGCGUGCUACAAGGGGAAAAUACAAGGAAAGUUGGCAGAUAUUUGGGCCCUUGGUGUCACAUUAUACUGUAUGGUUUUUGGAACUCUUCCUUUCAAAUCUGAUGAAGCCGGGGCAUCAAAACUGUUAUAUCUAUAUUAUGUGAUUCAACAUGAAGAACCUCACAUUCCAGAAACAGCAAGCAAGGAGCUAAAAGAUAUAAUUUCAAGAAUGCUAGAUAAAAAUCCGAAAACCAGAAUUACAAUGGACGAACUCCAAGAACAUCCAUGGGUGACAAUGGACGAGCCUUCAAGUCACAAUACCGCAGAAAAUCCUGGCUUCAUGGUUAAAUAUCAGUCCAACAUGCUUGGAGUACAAGCCCCAAUGAUGGGAGAUGAAAUUCGAAGUUACAAACACCAUACACAGCUCAGAAAAAUGCACUCCACUCGAAGAGUUGUGGUUGAUUCUCAAGACAUUGACAAUGCUCUUUCUGCUAAGGAAUAUUCUCCAGAUAAUCUCAAACGUGGUAAUUCAAAAACGAAAAUCAAAAGAGCAGAUUCAAAGCAAGGAGAAGAAAAGAUAUCCCUUAUUCGUAGACGAAGCAGCAGAAUGUUUUCUAUCGAAAUCAAUUCGCCUGAAAACGAGGUGGUGGCUGUCAUUGAUAAUGCUGUGAAUAUCAACAAAGAAUAA